AUGCCUCGACAGCAUGAUCCAGAAGCCAUCUCUAAUUUCCUUGCCGAACAACGAGACGAAGCCCCAGUAGACCUACAACAUACCUUUCUUACUUUCGAGGACCUAUGGGACAGAAAGUUAUGGCAUCAGUUGACGGAUACUCUGCUAGAGUACUUCUCCAAUCCGCAGACUACCUCGCAAAGACUACCCAUCUACAACAUCUUCAUCAUCAGUUUCGCCGACAAGAUCAAUCAGCUAAAAUUGGUCAAGUUGGCAUUGGGUGCAUCUGCGCAAAUCACAGAUGACAAUGAAAGAAGUCAUUUCCUCCAGACACUCGCUACAAGAGUAGACAAGCCAGACUCGGAAGAAGCUCACGUCUAUGCCAUCACCGAACUUGCCAGCGUCUAUCUGCGGUUAGGAGAGAAGUCAAAAGCCAGGGAACAAUUGGACAACGCGCAAAAGACGCUGGACCAAUUCGACUUUGUGGAAAAUGUCGUCCAUGCAGCCUUCUACCGAGUCAAUGCCGAUUACUUUCAAGCCGAAGGUGACUACACUUCCUAUUAUCGAAAUUCGCUACUCUACCUGGCUUGCACGGAAGAGGGAGAGUUGACAAAAGAGGAACAACAAGAUAGAGCAUACAACUUGGCGAUUGCUGCUCUUGUAUCAGAUAGUAUCCACAACUUUGGCGAGCUGCUCUUACAUCCUAUCCUCAACGUCCUAGAAGCGCCCCAUCCGGAAUCAUGGCUACGAGAUCUGGUGUUCGCUUUCAACCGAGGAGAUCUAGCGGCGUUUGACAAGAUGUCCAACAACUUGAGCAAAGACCCGAUUCUGGAGUCACACCGCCUUUUCUUAUGGCAGAAGAUCAACUUGGCUGCAUUGACGGAAUUGGUGUUCAAACGACCGCCUCAUGAUCGUGCUAUGACAUUCAAGACCAUCAGCCAAGAGACCAAGGUUCAGCCCAAUGAGAUUGAACACUUGAUCAUGAAAGCGCUGAGCUUGGGACUGUUGCGAGGAAAGAUUGAUCAGGUCGCUGGCAUUGCAAAGAUCAACUGGGUACAGCCUAAAGUCCUUGGCCAAGAUCAGAUCGAAGGAAUGAGACACCGCCUCAAGGAAUGGGACAGCAAUGUCAAUGAUCUGGGUCAUUGGAUAGAAGGUGUCGGCAAGGAUGUAUGGGCCUCUUGA